UUUAUAUUUUGUGGAAUAGUGCACGUGUUUACGACAUUGUGUGUUACCGAUUAACGCAAUUUAAAGACAAGAUAUGUAGAUAAAAUUUAGUACAUAUUUGAAAAACAUAAUUAAAUAUUCGUAGUAAUUUAUAAAAAAUGAGCAACGUUAUUCUAAAAGAAGCGUUCGAAGUUGAAUCCAAACAUGGUGCAUUUUAUACAGGAGGAAAUGUUCAAUGGAGUACAAAUGGGGAGUAUAUGUUCUGUCAAAAAUAUGGUACUGUUUCUAUAUUAUCAGUAAAGAGUGGUACAGUAAUAUCUUAUUUGGGAGAAAACUAUAGCAAUGAAGAGGAAGAUACAAUCAACACAUUUAUUGCAAGUAAUAAUGACUUAGACAUCAUCACACAUCACAAAAGUGGUCUUUUUAAAUUAUGGAACUGGAAAGAUAAUAAAUUAAUUAAACUAUGGAAAUCUAUUCAUAAGGGUCCUGUAGUUCGUAUUGCUCAUUUUAUUGAAAGAAAUUUGAUGGCUUCUGGAGGUAGUGAUGGUACGGUUAGAUUAUGGAAUUUACAACAUCAUACUUGUACUCAUAAUCUAAAAGGAGUUCAGGGAGUAAUAAGUAUUUUAGUUUUUCAUCCAAAUGUUGAAAAAGAGCUUAUCUUUGCUGCUGGUGAUGAUAUCAAAAUCCAUGGAUGGAAUAUUAAAACUGGUAAAGAAGAAAUUAUACUUUCUGGACAUUUCAGUAAAGUUACUUCUUUAUCUUUUCUCAAGGACGAGAAUUAUUUAGUUAGUUCAGGAAGAGAUAGAGUACUCAUUUUAUGGAAUCUUUCUUCUGGAUCAUCAAUACGAGUUUUACCAGUUUAUGAGGAAAUAGAAGAUACAUUUAUUAUACCUGAAAAUAUGUUACUACCAUUUUAUAACAAAGAUGAAAAUGCUAUACAUGUUGCUGCUGCAGGAGAAAAAGGAGUUGUAAAAAUUUGGGAGAUGAAAACUGGUAAAGAAGUAUAUGUGCAAAAAAAUUCUAUUGUAUCAGCUGCGAAGGAAACAGGAUCUCUAUCAAUUAUACAUUUACUUUAUAAUGAGAGUAGUAAUAACUUUGCUGUAGUUACGGUUGAUCAUAAUAUAAUUAUCCAUUCAUUAGAAACAUUUGAUUGUCUGAAACAGUUAGUAGGUUACAGUGAUGAAAUUUUAGAUGUUGUAUAUCUUGGACAUAAUGAGAGUCAUAUAGCUAUUGCCACUAAUAGUUGUGAUAUAAAACUGUACAAUAUUUCAACCAUGAAUUGUGAAUUGCUAUGUGGUCAUACAGAUAUUGUGUUAUCUCUUGCUACUACACUUGCUAAUGCCUAUUUACUUAUUUCUUCAGCAAAGGACAAUAGUGUUCGAGUAUGGCUUAUGGAUAAACAAACAACUAAAGUAUCUUGCAUUGCAUCUGCUACUAGACAUACUGCUCCCGUUGGUUCUGUAGCAAUUUCUCAAAUGUCUGCAAAAUUUUUUGCUUCUGUCAGUCAAGAUUCAUGUCUUAAAUUAUGGAACUUAUCAAAUAAUAUUAAUUUUAAAGACACAUGCUCUUUAAAUGUUGCUCAUACAACAUUGGCUCAUCAAAAAGAUAUUAAUAGCGUGAAUAUUUCACCAAAUGAUAAAUUAAUUGCUACUGGAUCACAAGAUAAAACAGCUAAGUUAUGGUCUGCAGAUGAUUUACAAUUACUUGGUGUAUUUCGUGGUCACCGUAGAGGAGUUUGGUGUGUUCGAUUUUCACCUAUAGAUCAGGUACUUUUGACGACAUCGGCAGAUUCUACAAUAAAACUUUGGUCGCUAACAGAACUUCAGUGUUUAAAAACUCUUGAAGGCCAUGAAUCAUCAGUAUUAAAAGCAGAAUUUUUAUCACGAGGAAUGCAAAUAAUUACUGCAAGUGGAGAUGGUCUUUUGAAGCUUUGGAAUAUUAAGACAUCCGAAUGUACAUGUACUUUAGAACAGCACGAGAGUCGCGUAUGGACACUCGCAGUUAGUAAAAAUGAGAAAACUAUUAUCAGUGGUGGAAGUGAUUCAUUGCUAGUUAUUUGGAAAGAUGUAACUGAAGAAAAUAAAAUAAAAGCUGCAAUGAAAUUAGAACAACUUGCAUUGGAAGAACAGAAACUAGCAAAUUUAUUAAAAGCAAAUAAAUUAACAUCUGCGUUAAACAUAGCUUUAAAGUUAGAACGUCCUUUCCAAGUUCUCAAAAUUGUAGAAACCAUUUUAAAGGAAAAUAAUUGCCACUUUGAAGAAACAAUUCGUGACUUAAAACCAAUUUAUAAAGAAGAGUUAUUGAAAUGUGCUGUUACAUGGAACGUCAAUAGUAAAAAUUGUCAAGUUGCUCAGGUAGUCAUAAACGCGUUAAUGAUGGAAAUGGAAAAUUUGGAAUUCCAAACAAAAUUAACUUCUACAUUGGAAUCUGUGAUACCAUAUACUGAACGUCAUUAUAUAAGAAUUACAAAAUUGUUACAAAAUCUGCAUAUACUUACUUAUACUCUCAAUCGUAUGAAACCACGUAUUACGUCUAUAAAUAUAAACUAAAUGUAUAACUAACAACU